AUGGCCACAGGAACCCAGGGCCACCGCGACCACGUCCUGGAGAGAACCAAGCUCGCCGCGUCGGCGGGGAGGCGCAGGAGAGCGGAGGGGAAGCCCAAGAAGAACUUCCCGUGCCAGGAGUGCCAGAAGGCGUUCAACAGCCUGGAGAAGCUGAAGGUGCACUCGUACUCGCACUCGGGGGAGAGACCGUACCGCUGCUCCCAGCCCGACUGCACCAAGGCCUUCGUCUCCAAGUACAAGCUGCUACGGCAUAUGGCGACUCACUCGCCGGAGAAAAACCACAAGUGUUCGUACUGCGAGAAGAUGUUCCACCGCAAGGACCACCUGAAGAACCACCUGCACACGCACGACCCCUACAAGGAGGCGUUCGGCUGCCAGGAGUGCGGCAAGACCUACAACACCAAGCUGGGCUUCAAGCGCCACCUCGCCCUGCACGCCGCCAACAGCGGGGACCUCACCUGCCAGGUGUGCCUGCAGCCGUUCCCCAGCACCGGCGUCCUCCUGGAGCACCUGAAGACGCACGCCGGCAAGUCCUCCGGCGGCACCAAAGAGAAGAAGCACCGCUGCGAGCACUGCGAGCGCCGCUUCUACACCCGCAAGGACGUGCGGCGCCACAUGGUGGUGCACACGGGACGCAAGGACUUCCUGUGCCAGUACUGCGCCCAGCGCUUCGGCAGGAAGGACCACCUGACGCGGCACGUGAAGAAGAGCCACGCCCGCGAGCUGCUGAGGGUCAAGACCGAGCCCGCCGAUUCGCUGGAGCCCGGCGGCGGCUACGACUCGGCGUCCGGGGGCGUCAAAGGCGAGGCGCCGCACCAGCUCGGCAUGUACGCCGGCCCCGGCCUGGAGGCGGAGCCCUUCCCCGCGGCCACGCACCCGUUCUCCUUCAAGUACCCGCUGGGUUCCACCUUUACCUCAUACGCCGCCGCCGCCGCCGCGCAGGAGCGGGAGCACAACCUGAAGGGAGAGCUGGAGUCCUACCUGAUGGAGCUGCAGAGCGCCAUGCCCUCGUCCUCCGCCGCCCAGGAGCCACAAGUCUCCGCCUCCAAACUGGAGCUGGAGCCUCAAGUGGGCUUGGAGGAGGUCAAGAUGUCCAAUCAGGCGACUGCGGCCGCCGCCGCGGGCGACUUCCUGGCAUCUUCCUCCUCUCUGAUGGACUUCUCACAGCUUUUCAACUUCCUGCCCCUCAACGGGCCGCCGUACAGCCCGGCCGGCGGCAGCGGGGCGCAGCAGGGCGCGGCCUAUCCGCCCGGCGAGGAGCCCGCCGCGCCUCUGGUCCAGCUGCCCCUCCGUCCUCCGGAAGGCCCGGAGGCGGCGGCGGCGGGGGGGGGUCCGCUUCAAAGGCUCCCCUCCUCCUUCAUAUCCAACCUGAGCACGCCCACCACACUGCCCCGCUUCCACCAAGCCUUUCAGUGACCCAGUAUGUACGCCGCCCGGCACACACACACACACACACACACACUCAAUCGGCUUUCUCAUUGCGGCGGUUGGCAUGGUUUCUUUUCACCGAGUGAGCUUUUUAUCGGUGAGUUGGCGUCUUCUCCACAUCGUGUUCACUUUAUGAGAGAAAAUCGAUCCUCUUUUGUGGAUAUGCCCAAUUUCUCAAUUUCUUGCCAUCGGCGUUUCCGAUUAUCAAGAGAAAUUUUCCUUUUCAAAGAGACGCAGGAUCAAAAGUUCUCUCAACACCUUUAAUCAAACCAGUUUUUCCGCAAUAAUGUGAACGUGGCUUAACGGCGAGAGCUGUGUCGCUUUAAACGGGAAUUAGUGGAGCAGUUCCGUAGAGAUGAAUACUCAGUCAUUAGAUUGCAGAGACGUUAUUUUCUUUCCUCGACCCCCCAGGCUUUGAGUAGAUAGUCCCAAGGAAGCAGAAGUUCAAUGGAUAUAUCUAUCUAUAUUGUUUGAUGUCUUUAUUCUGUGUGGUAGGACCAGGAGUUCGGGGAUGUUUUUCACCCAUUUACAUCCAUUUCAAACAAAAUAACAAUCUACCAGAUUUUGGAUUAAUUCGAUGUUCCAGGCAGCUAUUGCAUUUCAUUCAUUUCUAAUCUGUAUGGAAAUCAAUUUAUCAUGUUCACGCUGCUGGAUUACACAUGUCAAGGUCUUUUACGAUACGCAGUGACAUUGCAGGAGACAAACAGCUUCCGGAAAUUAAGAAAAUUCAAUAGGAAUUUGUCAAAUGGGCUUUUACGGAAUUUCUUUCAGAAAGUGGAAGUAGUGAAAAACAUCGAUCUGGUUUCUUUUGAUCGAUCCCGAAAGCAGAAGUUCAUCCACAUGAUUAUAGACGAGGUACUGAGCGACAUUAUCAGGGUGAAACAUUCCAUUGGUUGGUCAAGUUUGAGCUUAAUUAUGCAACAGUGGGGACUUUUUCAUUCAAGGUUCACGUCUUUGGUUUGGUGUCAGGGGAUAACACACAAAAAAACUCCCAAACUGCCCAACCCACAGCUUCCAGACACACAGCAUCCCCUCCACCAAGGCAUUUGGAUGAGACGAUGCUGACGAGCCCGUCUACCUCCCAGUGGAUUAUUUUAACUCCUUAGAUUAGAGUAGAUUACGUUGUGAAUUAUCCGUCUAUCAGUUUAGAAGUUGUCGAUUGAAUGCAGAAAGACGAUUUUACAUCCGAAAGAUAUGUGACUUUAAGUGUUCAUAUUCAGUCCCAUUGCAUCGUUGUGUUUAGUAUAUCACAACAGGUCAUAAAAAAGCAAAUGGAGAUCUUUAAAACUGACUGGGAAGGGUAGGAGGAUUGAAACUUGAGUCUGCAUAGUUUCAUUUAUGUUUGAAUGAACCGCCUCUUUUACUUUGAAAAACCUCUCUUCGCCCAGUAGAAACAAUCUAAGACGAUGUACUCCAAUUUUAACAUAAUAUUUUAUUUAAAGUUUCACAAGGCACCCGACCAAUAUGUGCAUUCAAAAGGGAAAAUAGAUUCCGGUCAGAUUAACAGCGACUAUAACAAAUAGCUGCUGUAUUUAUUGAAUAUAAACUCAGACCUCGGUAUAAUGCUUCCAAAUCCACAUGUUCUUUAUUUCAUAACACACGCAUCUUAAGUGUAUCAUAAUUAAACUGCAGAAUACAGCACUGAGUCUAUCAAAAGGAGCUAAAAAUAAUAAAAAAUAGAUAUUUACCAGGGAAUUAAAUCAGUUUAUAAACCUGCUCUCUGUAUACGCCUCUCGGGUCUAUUCCAGACGACCGAUCAGGAGAGAAACUACUCAGACUGUUAAAAUAAAUGAUGCAGCAGGACUCGAUUCACAUUUAAGAUACAUGCUAAGUUAUUAUGGACAGUGUGCAUUUCUUUGCUAGCACAUAGCUCAAAUAAUGUUAAAAAAAAAUACUCUUAAAAGUGAAAGGAUUACCUUAACGAGCCAUCUGUACUCGAUGGAGAAUACUUUACGAUCAAUUCCCGAACAAUGCGUUAGCUAGUACACGCGUUAGCUAGGCAGUAAACCCAACGCCGAAGUACACGUUUGUCUACACGACAUUCAGCUGCUGCUCUUUGGUUUUUAGUUUUGCGACCUCCACUUCCUCUCCUCUCUUGCACAUCACCGUCUUCCUGUCCUUGCUAUGUAUCCUUGUUGAUUGCUAGCAGCUAAACGCAAGAACCAUAGUGUCUCCGAAUGAAACACGGGCUGGUAAAUAAACGGAUUAGUUUGGCGACUAUAAAACAUAGACAACCACCGUUAUGUCACAGCUGACAUGACGUCUACCUCUGGCAUUCUUACGUGUUGCUUUACCACAACGCUGAAAUGGCUUUUCUCUUUUUUGCCCUUUAAAGAAUCCGCUGAUGUAGGUUUAUCAACGCUAGCGUUAGUUAGCGUUAGCUAGCGUUAGUUAGCGUUAGCUCGAGGACAGCGCUCUACAUAGUUCAAUUGGUUUACCAUUUUAACUGAGAUGUGAAAAAUGGUAAAAAGGGACAAAUGCCUACCUCGAUAAAAGUCUUUCUGUUUUUUGUUGUUGCUAUACUUGAUAGAAAUAUAGCGAGCAACAAACCUGGGCCAAUCAGAAGGCACGCUUUCUUCUGCCAGUCUGCCAUUGUACUGGUGCAGUCAUACAAGACAACAGUCAGUCAGCACAGGCUGCUCAACAGGAUACACAUCAAAUAUGAAAAGAAAUGGCACAAAUAAUGGCAGCAAUCAAAAUGCUCGUCAUAUUUUGUCAACAUGUCCAUGUCGGACACGUCCGCUGCAUUUCACACGUCCGCUGCAUUUCACACGUCCGCUGCAUUUCACACGUCUGCUGCAUUUCACACGUCUGCUGCAUUUCACACGUCCGCUGCAUUUCACACGUCUGCUGCAUUUCACACGUCUGCUGCAUUUCACACGUCCGCUGCAUUUCACACGUCUGCUGCAUUUCACACGUCCGCUGCAUUUCACACGUCUGCUGCAUUUCCUCCGAUAUUUAAAUGACCAUUAAAAACACAAAGUCAACACUAUCCACCUUAAAUGAGCCACAGGGACACGUAGAUAGU